AUGUUAAUAUUAGUGAAUUUUAUUAUUAUUAUUAUCACUAAUGCAAAUUUUUUUUUAUUUAAAAUAUACCAAUGUAUUAUUUUGAAAUAUCACACGUGUUAUCAGCGUAAUGAGUCGAUAUUAGCGCUGGAAUUGUACGUCAUACGUGUACUAAUUUCAAAUACUGAUGAAAGUGAUUUGGAUUCAUCACCUUCUACUCCAAGAAACAUACAAACAAAUGAUGAAGUGAUUAUCACAAGUUUAUCUGCUACAUCUUUGCAACCUUUCAGUGCUGGGAAAAAGCGAAUUGCUCUGAACUUGUUAAAAUCAGUACGACCUGAUAAUAAUGAUGAUAAUGGUUCAGAUAUUGAAAUCAAUGAUGAUGAUAAAAGUCAGAAUGGAGGAAUUUCCACGCAUGAUGAACGUCGUUCAAAAGGUUUAAUAGUACAAAAACCGCCAUCAUCAAAAAUCGUUAUAACACAUCAAAAGUCUACCGAAUCUAUGGAAGAUAAACAAGAAUUAUUACAUCCAAAACGAUCCUCUUUAGCAACUUUAAAUCUUCCAUCACGUAAAUUUGUCAAUUUACGUGGUAUCCAAGAAGGUGUACGACGAAGUUAUCCGGAUCCUCCACUUCUGGUAGCAUUAUUAGAUUUGAAAUCACCUGUGCUUGCAAGAGCAUCACUUCUUCUCGAAUGUGCUCUUUUUGUUAAUCGAUGUAAUAAAGGUGAUUGGCCUGAAUGGAUACGUUCAAAUAAUGCAUGUCAAUUAAGUGCUUUCGUUAUUGGAAAUACUUUUGGAAGUCGUGGAACGCCAAGUGCAACACGUCGAUUGCAUAUGAUGCAACGUGCAGCUGCACGUUGUUUCUAUGAUUGGGGAUGUCAGCUUGGUGAACGAAUUUAUAAAAUUAUGGAAGCAAAUGGAGCAAUGGUUAAUAAAACUCCAUCCAAAAAGGCUGAUUUAAAUCGACAUGAACUUAUCAUACAUGAUAAUUUAGAAGAUUUCUUCGACGAAGGAAUUGUAAAUGAUGAAAGUGGCGAACGUUGUCCACCAGUUAUUUUAUUUUUAGCAUGUCUUUUGCUUAAUGAAAUUACCGCCUUCUUAAGAGAAACAUUUCAGACAAUACAACGUUCACGAAGUAAUAAAGGAAUUAGUGGUGGUACAUUAAAUUAUGAUAAAUUAAUGUCAAAUCGACGUUGGUCUAUUCUUUCUAAUAUGUUUACCUUACAACAACAACAACAAAGAGCAAGUAGUAUACAAAGUAUUACGGAUGUCAAUCUUUCAAUUCAUCAAAGUGAUCGUCGAAUUAGUUUAUCAACAAAUGAAGAAAAUUCAUCACGAAGUUCACAUGAACAUACCGAAGAGAUUACACAACAACAAAAUGAUAAAAAAG